GUUCCUAGUGAUGUCAGGCUGGAGAUGAUAGCUUUGCUUCUGAAGAGUGCUGAGCUGAAGGAAAAAAAGGUCGAGGGAUUGGAGGCGCUCAGAUCUAGUGUUGACUUAGAUCACUCCGAUGGAGAACAAGAAACUGAUGAAGAAUAUGGCAAUCAAGUUGUGAUUUUGAGGUCAAAACCAGGCACAAGCAGCUCAAUGGGUGGCCCUAUGGACAAAUUCUGCAAGCCUGGUAUAGAAGAAACUGUCAAGAGGAAGCAAAAAAGAAAUUGUGAAUCCGAAAAGGCCAUUGGAGAUGUUGGCACAGACUUCGAUGGGCCUACUGCAUAUGAGAUGAGUGGACCAUUCUUGCAGAAAAGGAAGAAGAAGGUGUUAGAUUCAUUCAAACCACAUAAGCAAGCAUGGGAGCACACAGGUUGUACCGUAAUGACAGAUGCAUGGACAGAUAAAAAGGGCAGGGGAGUAAUGAACCUAGUUGUGCAUAGUUCUCAAGGAGUCAUAUUCUUGAAUUCAGUUGAUUGUUCAUCUGUCCAAAAAAAUGGCAAAUACAUCUUUGACCUCGUUGAUAAUUGCAUUGAAGAUAUAGGGGCAGACAAAGUCGUUCAAGUGGUGACCGACAAUGCUAGUGUCAAUGUAGCAGCAGCAAGUCUAAUGAAAGCAAAGCGACCUUCCAUUUUUUGGAAUGGAUGUGCAGCCCAUUGUAUUGAUCCCAUGUUGGAGGACAUAGGGAAGCUUGGAUCGGUUGACAGAAUAAUUGUCCAAGCAAGACAAGUAACGGUGUUCUUGUAUGCUCACACAAGGGUGUUAGCUCUGAUGAGGAAAACACUUGGGAAAGACUUGGUACGGUCAGGUGUUACUAGGUUUGCCACGGCUUAUCUCAAUCUUAAAAGCUUGCAAGACAACAAGAAGGAAAUGCUUAAACUAUUCAGAUCAGAUGAGCUACAUGAAAUGGGUUACUUAGAGAAGGACAAGGGGAAGAUGGCUCACAAAACG